AUGAACAAAAAACAUCCAAUAUUGUUAGCUGGACACGACAAUUUCGCAGAACUCAUUAUUCGUAAAUGCCAUGAAAGAACAGGACACGCUGGACUAUCGGAAACAUUGACUGAUUUAAGAGAAAGAUUUUUUGUGCUAAAGGGUAGACCGAGAGUGAAGACCUUAAUCGGAAAGUGCAACUUAUGCAAAAUUUUGCGAACAAAGCCAGCAACACAGAAUAUGGCAAGUUUGCCCCUUGAUAGAGGUAGAGAGGCAUUUCCAUUUGAAGUGACUGGCAUCGAUUAUUUAGGUCCUCUGUACACAAAGGAAAAGGAAAGUUCAGAAUCUAAGAAGUGUUAUAUUUUAUCAUUUACAUGCGCUGUCACUAGAUCUGUCCAUUUGGAACUGUCACCUGAUAUGACUGCAGCAACGUUCCUGAACGUUUUAAAAAAAUUUAUUACUCGACGUGGACUAUGUAAGAUAGUAUAUUCCGAUAAUGCAAAAAAAUUUCAUAAAGUUAAAGAGGAGCUUAAUCUAUUGAAUGAAACUUUGAAAGAAUCAAAAUGCCAGGACUAUUUUAGUGAGAAGAGAAUAAAAUGGAAAAACAAUAUUGAGAAAACUGCAUGGUGGGGAGGAUGGAUUUUGGGGGUGACAUAUACGCUCUGUAAAGUCCUCACUCAAGAAAAUUCUAUUUAG